CCACCAUAAAAAACUUCUUGGGCCUCUUCCAACGUAAACAAAGGAGUUCUAAAGCUAAUAGUUUUGCCAGUAAAUAUAAUUUCGAUUUAUAAUGGAUGUCGAAGAUCUCAUAUAUUCAUGUCGAGCUCCUGACGAUGAGAUGUUGGACGAAAUUUUGGAAAAAUGUCCCAGCGAACUAAAUCGUAGAGACGAGAAUGGAAAUUCUGGACUCCAUAUGGCUAGUGCUAAUGGAUACACUCACAUUGUUCAAAAAAUCCUUCCUCAUUUAUCCUUAGAGACUGUGAAUGCUCAAAACUCAAGCGGAAAUACAGCCAUGCAUUGGGCAGCUUUAAAUGGACAUGCUGACAUCUGCAAGUUACUAUUAGAGACAGGAGCAGAUCUUCAUCUUAAAAACAAUCAUGAUAAAAGCGCAAUUUAUGAAGCCGAUGUGCGGAAUCAGCAAAAGGUGAUGGAGCUGUUUCUUGAUUAUGAAAUUGCGAAGAGUAAUGAAACCGAAGGGACAGAGUCGAAUGAACAGGAUGCUCUUUAAGGAAACAUUCAGAAGCCUUGUGAUAAACACUUACAAUAGAAGUUACUGCGACUUUAUUUUUGGUUUUAGUUCUUGGAUAAUUAACAACAAUAGCUUUA